CUUUCCGUGAAGUGUUUGACUUAUUUGAUAGCAAUGGUGGUGGUAGCAUUGAUGCUGAUGAGUUUUCUCAAGCCCUUGACAGUGUUGAUAUUCAGAUACCACCAAAUGAAAUCGCUGAAAUCAUGGCAACUAUUGAUAAUGAUGGUAAUGGUGAGAUUGACUUUGAUGAGUUUUUGCUUUUAAUGACGAACACCGAACGUUUUUUAGAAACAUUUGUUGAAAAUAAAGAUGGCUCAACUAUCGAUCCAAACCACAGAGAGACCCUGUUAUUUGAUGCACUCACACAGUUUAUGAAAAAAUCUGCAUUGAAAGCUAUGGAUGAAAUUGUUUG